GUCCAAAAUCACAGUUUUGUUUUGUUUGUUCUUUCUUUUUUACUUUCCCACUAAAAUAAAGAAUAGUAGCGUAAAAUUAAAAUAGGUGAAAAGUGACGGCAAAAUGCGAAACGACGACGAAAAUCACGGCGAUCAUGGGCCGACGAAGCAGUAACUGAUCGGACGCGGCAGGCGAGUUAGCUAUCGCCGCCCCUGAGGAUAUCCUUUGAUCAAAAUGUCGGGGUGUUCUACUUCCGCAUCCACUGAACUUCAAGACCCGAAUCACCAGGAUGCUGUUGUUGAUUGCUCCAACUUAUCCAAAACCUCUGACCACUGUGCUUUGCAACAUGGGAAUGAGGUCACUGAAGGGAACAAAUUGGAGGAUGGUAACCGAAACGUAGAUGUGGCUGAGGAAGAAGAUGAGGAUGAAGAUGCGGAUUUCAAUCCUUUCCUGAAAGAAACUAAUUCAAUAGAAGCUUCCUCAAGUUUGAGUUCUGAAGUUGAAGACUUGGACUUGGAUGUUGCUGAUAGCAGGGGAAAGCAUUGUGCACCGGUUGGUAACGAGUCUGAUGAAAAACAUCGAGAUACCGGUGGAAAUGUUGAGAACUGUGAUGAGAUUGUGAUGCAAACUGUAGAUUCUUCUGGAAAAGAACGUGGAAAAAAUUUGGACCUAGUUUAUUCUUCGACCACUGAGAAGGAGUCUGCAUUGGUAAAUCAAUCAGAUAAUGGAUCACUAUUUGACAAGGAGAAUGGACUAGCCAGCAUGGCAGAUAUUGGCAGUGCUACAGAUUCCAGGAAAUCUAUGGUUGAUAUAGAAACUGAUGGUGCCAUCUGCAUGCGAACUAGGGCUCGUUAUUCUCUUGCAAGUUUCACACUUGAUGAGCUUGAAACUUUCCUUCAAGAAACUGACGAUGAAGAUGAUCUCCAAAACGUCGAUGAUGAAGAGGAAUAUAGAAAAUUCUUGGCAGCUGUUUUAAGAGGCGAUUGUUCCCAGAAUUUGCAAGAGAAUACAAAUGCUGAUGAUGAAGAUGAAGAAAAUGAUGCUGACUUUGAGCUUGAACUUGAAGAGGCACUGGAAAGUGAACCAGAGGAGGUUGAAGAACGAAGAACGACUAGACGGAAUAGAAGCCAAAAAGCAUCCCUUGUACGCAGCAUGAAGCUUUCAGGACAGUUGAAUAGACCAUUGCGACCACUCUUACCAUUUGCGUCAAUUGGUUCCUUUUCAGCUGCAGAUGGGAAGCACUUUACACCUAACAUUUCUUCGUCCUAUAUGCCUCCUGUAAAUAGUGGCUACACCUGCGGAUUCACCCCACAUCAGAUAGGGCAGUUGCAUUGUCUUAUUCACGAGCAUGUACAGCUACUUAUUCAGGUUUUCUCUCUAUGUGUUCUUGAGCCUGGGAAAAGCCAUAUUGCUUCCGAAGUUAAGGAAUUAGCUGUACAGAUGCUACAGAAACGUGAUCAAGCACUGGCAUGGAGAACGGUUCCAUAUCCGAGCUUUUGCUUCUUUCCCCCAUAUAUCCAUCCAUCCGUGCAAGAUGGGAAUCAGAACAUGUUGCCAUCUACAGAUGGCAAUAAUAAUGCGCAGCAGAAUUUUCCUUGUGGAAGUAACAGAGAGCUGCACCCUGAUAUCUUUUCCAUGUCCAAUGAGAGGCGGACAUGUUUACCAGAUGAACAGGCAGGCUCUUCUCGGACUCCAGAAUACACCUCAUGGGCCCCUUAUGUUUGUGGUCCAGUGCUGUCUGUCACAGAUGUAGCUCCACUUAGACUAGUUGAAAACUAUAUCGAUGAUGUUUCUACUGCUGUCCGUGCAUACGAACGCUAUCAAAUUGAGCGUGGUUUUGAGACUCCCAGUCAAAAGGAGCCCUUGUUUCCUCUUCGCAAUUCCCUAUGUUCCGCUGAAUCUGAUGGUCAAGGAGAAACGGAUAACACUCUCCCAGAUUCUAGUAAGGCGCCUUCCCCCUCUUCCAGGCAUCGAAUGCCCAAGAAGACAAUGGCCACAACUCUGCUUGAAAAGGCCAAAAAUCAACCAGUUGCUCCAGUUCCCAAGGAAAUUGCUAAACUAGCUCAGAGGUUUUGGCCGUUGUUCAAUCCUGCCCUUUAUCCUCACAAGCCAGCUCCUGUUUCUCUUACUACUCGGGUGCUUUUUACCGAUGCAGAGGAUGAAUUACUAGCCUUGGGUUUGAUGGAAUACAAUACUGACUGGAAGGCUAUACAGCAGCGGUUUCUUCCUUGCAAAUCUAGGCAUCAGAUUUUCGUGAGGCAAAAGAAUCGUGCAUCAUCAAAAGCGCCAGAAAAUCCAAUAAAGUCUGUGCGAAGGAUAAAAAACUCUCCCCUGACUAUGGACGAAAUUGCUCGUGUUGAACUGGGGUUAAAAAAGUUUAAACUUGACUUCAUGUCCAUAUGGAGAUGCUUCCUUCCUUAUAGAGAUCCGUCCUUGCUUCCAAGGCAGUGGCGCAUUGCUUCUGGCACCCAGAAAUCGUAUAAAUCUGAUGCGAACAAGAAAGCAAAGCGGCGUCUGUAUGAAUUAAGAAGAAGAAGUAGCAAACCUUCUCCCUCAAGUUGGCGUUCGUCAUCCGAGAAAGAGGGUGAUAGCUCUGAUAAUGCUGUUCAAGAAACUAACAGUGGAGAUAAUCACAUAGACAAGGAAGAUGAAGCAUAUGUCCAUGAGGCAUUUUUGGCAGAUUGGAUGCCAGAGAACAAUGCUUCUUCCAGUUUUCCCACUUGCCUGCCAUCCCAGGAGGGUGCUCAAGCCAGAGAGCAGAAAGAUAAACCUGGUUAUCGAGACAUCCGACCCGCAAUUUGUACCAAGUCCGCACUUGCUGUAAGGCCAUCCAAUUCUGAAGUAGUUAUGCGGCCCUACCGAGCUCGGAGACCAAAUAAUGCACGGCUAGUCAAAUUAGCUCCUGAUUUGCCUCCUGUCAAUCUGCCUCCAUCUGUCCGAAUUAUGUCACAAUCAGCUUUCAAAAAUUCCCAAGCAAUCACUUCUGCAAAAGAUUCAGGCAAUACUUUGAGAAAUGCUGGUUUGAUGGCAGAACAUCGAACUUUGCAUGCUGGGAGCAAUAUGCACUUGGGAGUUGGCUCUGGAGCAAACAGGAACAACCAUGUUAAUGUUACUACGAAAAGUCAGCAGCGAAAUCAUUCUGAUGUCGCAACUAACAAACAUACAGUAGAGAGAGGCGACUCAGAUCUUCAGAUGCAUCCUCUACUAUUCCAGGCACCUCAGGAUUGUCAUUCGCCUUACUACCCCAGCAGUGCUAGCACGUCUAGUUCUUUCACUUUCUUUCCAGGAAAUCAACCACAACUAAGUCUCAGUCUUUUUCAUAAUCCCCGGCACAUAAGAGACGCUGUGAACUUUCUCAGCAAGUCAUCCAAGCCUCCUGAAAAGAAUGCUGCAACAUCCGGUGUUGAUUUUCAUCCUCUUCUACAGAGAAGUGAUGAUGUGGAUGCAAAUUCAGUAGCUACACAUCCUGCUGGCAGGCUUCCUCCCAUUGCAGCAUCAAAGCCUCCCAUUCGAAAUCAUCUUCCCUCAACAAGUAAGGCAUCUGUAGAUGGUAAUUCAAGUGCUUCAGGUACAAAGGCCAGCAGCCUUACUAGAAAGGGUAAUGAACUAGACUUGAAUAUCCACCUUAGUUUCACAGCCAAGAAUCCAGAAAACAGAAAUACAAAUAUACAUGAUGCUAGCAGAUCACUAGCUGCUCCCGUAUCUGGCAUCAUAGAAUCAGAAAGUGCAAAAGAUUCUAGCAAGAAGAGAGAUUCUACUCCAGAUGGGAUUAGUAAUGAGCUGCACUCAAAUGAGACUCCAGUGGCUACUCCCAGAACCAGAGGAAGCAGGAAAGUGUCUGACGACAUGGAUGUUGAGUCCCUCCCCGAAAUUGUAAUGGAACAGGAAGAGCUGAGUGACUCCGAGGAAGAGUUUGGGGAAAACGUCGAGUUUGAGUGUGAGGAGAUGGCCGAUUCAGAAGCAGAGAGUACAUCUGACUCGGAACAAGUUGUCAACAUGCCAAAUGAGCUCUGCUAAUUUGUUUCAGGAAGUACACCUGGAUGAAACAGAUGCAGAUAUUGGCGAUGGACGGGUGCCAAAUUCCGAGAAUGAUUUUGAAAGCAACCCUUGCAGCACAUCAGAAGGAUUGGAUAGGGUAGAGAGGGAGCUUAGUGUCUCUCUGAAUCUGAAUUCCUGCCCUCCAGUUUCUCCAUAUGAAUUUGGACCAUUUGGUACGAGAGGAACAAUUUGUGAUAAUCAAUUUCUCGUUGAUUCAAAAGCCUCCACCAGAACGCAGAAACGCGCUUCUAAGCAUCUCAGUGGCGACGCUUCAUCAAGAAAUCCCAGAAAACGUGCCUGCAGAUCCAAUUCUAGUUCAAACACCGUUAAUAUUGUAGAAAACUCAAAGAAUGUUACCCAAGAUGAAUUUGGUUGAGUGAUGAUCAAUUUGUAUGUAUUAGUGUAGAGCUCUUGCCGUAUAGUUUUCACUUGAAAGAAAAUUUCAAAAUGGAUUGGGGUCAUUUGCCUUUUAAUCCAACUACUAAAUGAGCAUUGUUGUAUUUUUAGAAA